ACACUAGAAAAAGGGGGGGACAUAUACAUAGAUAGUGAGAAAAUCUACGGUGGAAAUCAACACAUUCUAGGAAAAAAAACAUUCAAUACUACAAACUACACCCUACUAUAAUAAUCCUUAUACUCCCAAACAUAUAUCAAAAAGAAAAAAAUCCAUAAAAUAAUUCUCAAUUAUUUCACUUUCCAAAAUAAAAAAAAUAUAACAAUCAAUUAAUCCCUUCUAGUUUUGAGGUUUCGUUUACGUUCCAAGUUCGUGGUCCGUUCGUUCCUUUUAUUGUAAAUUAAUUUUCACAAGAGAGAUGUGGUAUACGCUCCCGAGCCUUGAGAUACCAGAGAUGCGGCAACACUCCAGAGAAGGAUUCUAUAGUCACACAUGAUUUAGGAUGGGAAGGACUAAUGGUAUUGCCGGAAAGCACUGCUACCGCCAGCGCUGGCGCCGACAAAGUGGCGGAUAUCACCGGCGGGACUAGGAUCGGCUCCGGCGACGGUCACCAAAACAAAAAUCCAAUAAAGCACAGUAGACGCUCCAGCAACGGCAAUAUUUGGCAACAUUCUGACGAUAGCUUUACAAUGCUGUUUUCACCAACCAACUCGGACAAUAAAAUUGAUGAUAUUUGCACUACUCAGAUUCGGCGAACUGGUUUGACUGGUUUAACGAACAUCGGUGGUGAAGGCGGCAGAGCCAGAAAAUCCAGGUUUUUCAGCAAAGCAGAGGUUUAUGCAAGAAUGAAAUUCCGUUUCCAUCAGAAUAUUGAAGAUGGUCAGUUUGAAGACAGUUAGAGUUAUCUUUGCAUUCGUAGCGGCCCAACAUCUGAAGAGACAUCUUUUUAGAUUCUGAUGAGGAGAACAAACAUCUAAAGUAUUCUAUGAAUUGUUCUUUGGUAGAGUGUCAAUGACUCAAUCCAAGUCUCAAGUUCAAGUCUCAAAUGUUAACUUCAAGAUCAAAUUUUGAGAUCAAGGUACCCACCAGAAGAAGGUGAGGUGAUAACAGAAGAUCUAAGAAGAAGAUUUGAAGCAAGAGAAUCUAGACAAAUAGAAUAGAUAGGAUCUUGUAAUUUCAUUUCUAGUUUCAUUUUCUUUUGUAAUAAAGGGAACUGCGGACCGAAAACUCGACGAGACUUCAAAUCGACUCUCAUAACUCAUUCCUUCAUUCCUAUACCCAUUUGGACUACACGUGACCUGAUUCUCUUAUAACCCGAGAUAUGUAGGAUGCCCAAAACAAGGGCUCGGUCACACCUCUUUUAUACUCAUUUACAUAUUACUUUUGAAUAAAUGGUUGGACAAAAAAUUAGUCAUGUUUACUUCUUUGCUUUAAAAUUCUCCAUAUUUCCAAGCAAAGAGGGACAUUCU